AUGGCAAUCAAUCACAGCAAUGCCGAAGUGAUGGAUAACUUUGAUGAUGAAAACAUCUUCGCCCAUUACUCUCUCGUAUUCCUUCCAGAGACUGUACUAUCUAUCGAUGGCCUCGAUAUGCACGAAGAUGACCGUCGCCAGAAGAUUCUUCCAAUGGCACCCAUCGGCGCUCUUACUGAAGUUGCGCCUCCUCGUCAAACUGGGUACUUCAAGAACGAUGAUUACGUUCAAUGGCAGGUGCUUCGUGGAGACGGUGAGGGCCUUCGCUUUGCGCAAACAGCCAUAAAUGAAGUUCAUGAAUGCAACGAGAACAGGAGCACCAGAGCUGCAGACAUGUUUUGGAAUACACAGGUUGUAGAUUCUAAUAAACUAAGGGGGUUUAAAUAUUCAUGCAUGGGCGCUUUUGAUAGUAUUCUUUGUAAAUACUUAGCUCCUUCACAUUAG